AUGUUGCCCUUUAUUAACAAGCCAUUCGAGCUACUAUCUUCGCGCCUGGGCGCAUCGCCCGACGAACUCAAGCUCGUCUUCUCGUUCCUCAUAUCAUACCCUCUCGCCGGUCUACUCAAGAGGGUUCCAGAUGCCCGGCCAGACCAGAAGAAUCUAUUCAUAGUAUGCACCUCCGCCUUCUACUUGGUCGGACUAUUUGAUCUAUGGAGUGGCGUGCGCACCCUUGCCAUCAGCUCCAUUGGUGUCUACUGCAUCGCCAAGUAUCUUCGCAGUAGCCCGUUCAUGCCUUGGAUUGGUUUCGCCUUCGUCAUGGGCCACAUGUCCAUCAGCCAUAUCGCUCGCCAACUCGCCGACAGCCCCUCAUCUGUCGAUAUCACUGGCGCGCAAAUGGUUCUGCUCAUGAAGCUUAGUGCCUUCUGCUGGAAUGUGGCAGAUGGCCGACUGUCAGAGGACAAACUGUCUGAUUUCCAGAAGGAGAGACGCUUGGUUGAGCUUCCAGGUCUUUUGGAUUAUGCCGGAUAUGUCCUCUUCUUCCCUGGGCUUCUCGCUGGUCCCGCCUUCGAUUACGCCGAAUAUCGCAAAUGGAUAGACACCACCAUGUUUGACCUACCUGCCCAGGUCGAUCCCUCAAAGAAGCCUCCUGUGCGGAAGAAGCGGAAGAUCCCUCGCAGUGGUACUCCAGCUGCAUGGAAGGCUGCGAGCGGCUUGGGCUGGAUUGGUCUCUUCAUGGUUCUCUCGGGUUACUACCCCAUCAGUUACUUGACGGGGCAGUCCUAUAUGGAUCUUCACUUCUUACGUAGAGUUUGGGUCCUGCACAUGACCGGUUUGACGGCUCGUCUCAAGUAUUACGGCGUUUGGUCCUUGACUGAAGGCGCUUGCAUCUUGGCCGGCUUGGGCUACCAUGGUGUUGAUCCUGUCACCGGCAAGGUGUCAUGGAACAGGCUACAAAACAUCAAUCCAUGGGGAGUUGAGACGGCACAAAACACGCGUGCAUAUCUGGGCAACUGGAAUAUGAACACCAACAACUGGUUGAGAAACUACGUUUACCUUCGAGUAACGCCUAUCGGAAAGAAGCCUGGUUUCCGCGCCAGUCUGAUCACGUUCGGCACGAGCGCAUUAUGGCAUGGGUUUUAUCCCGGGUAUUACCUGAGCUUCAUUCUCGCCAGCUUUGUCCAGACUGUUGCAAAAAAUUACCGCCGAUACUUCCGCGCAUUCUUCAUCGACCCCAGCACCGGUUCCCCAACGACCACCAAGAUCUACUACGACUGUUUAUCGUUCGUUGUAACUCAGUUGGGCAUGUCCUUUGUUGUGGCUCCCUUUCUCGUUCUCCAGCUGUCAGGUUCGAUUCUGGUCUGGAGCCGCGUUUAUUUCUACACUAUUAUUGGCACAGUUGUCUCUAUGGCCUUCUUCGCCUCCCCGGCGAAGCAGCUUUUGAAGAAGCAUUUGGAAGAGCGUCAAGGAAAGACCGGGGCUAAGCUCACCCGUUCUCUCAGCCAGGACAGUCUUUCUGGCCGGGAGCCGGUCUUAGGAGUCUCAGCUGAUCCUCAACGAGAGAUCGACGAAGCCAUGGAGGAGAUCAAGGCAGAAGUAGAGGCCAGGCAGAAAAGGAAGGCUGCUUGA